AUGAGUAACUCCCGAGCUGACAUCGAAGUGAGUAAGACAAUAUCAUAUCUUCUACGUCAUGGUGCCCAAAAAGAGCAUCUUCCAAUGGAUGAGUCUGGGUGGGUGAAGAUGACUGAUUUACUUUCAAAUCGCCAGAUGUCUGGAAUUUCACAAGAAACAAUUUGUCGCAUUGUUGCGACAAAUUCCAAACAACGAUUUACAAUCGAAGGGGAUGGGCAAGAUAUGAAGAUCCGAGCUAAUCAAGGACAUUCCAUUGACGUGAAAGUUGACAUGAAGAAGAUAGAGACCCCCGAGGACUAUCCAAUAGUCAUUCAUGGGACUUAUCUCAAAAACAUUUCAGAAAUCCUCAAAAAAGGACUUCUAAAAAUGGGACGCCUUCAUGUUCAUAUGGCAAAAGCACUUCCUCAACACAUUGGAAAACAAAUGAGUGGGAUGAGAUCAAAUUGUCAACUUGUGAUUUACGUCGACAUCAAAAAAGCGAUGGGGGAUGGUUUGGUGUUUUAUGAAAGUUCAAAUGGUGUUGUUUUGUGCGAAGGACCAAUCGACAAAAAGUACUUCCAGAAAAUUGUGAAAUAUCCGUCUUUGGAAAACUAUCAAUUUAACUAA